AUGACAUCCGUACCCCCUCUGAUCAACCCCUCACCAGCGCGUAACCCAUUCGCCCGUCCUUGUCCUAAUCAUCAACCUACCUCUUUCACUCGAACCUCUCUCUUGCCCACUCUACCUCCUACUCCAAUCCAUAAAUCCAUACAUCAGCAAUCCAGUUCCUGUCACAAUACCCCACAUCAACAUGUUUCCACUACGUCAGCCUCCAGAGCUCAGAAGACGUGGAGAUUGUUGUAUCGAGGUGGACUCGAAAUUGGUCCGGAAGGAUUCAGACUGGACGGUAUCACAUUCUUCGCCAGAUUAUCUUUCCCCUCUACACCCUCUCAUCAAAGCUCCAACACCUUCGAUUCGCUCACACCACACGUUCAAAGUUCUCACAUGGGGGAAGCGGCAUUUGCGAUGACCACCGAUACGGAUCUAUGUCUCUCUUUGGAGUCAAUGAGAGGCAGAAAGUAUCUGCAAAUGCGAGGAGUGGUGGAUUUGCUCGAUGAUGAGGUUUUGGACGGAGAGUCCGCAGGCGUUCAGGUCGCUGUCGCUCCUGAAGCUUCCCUGUUAUCUGCAUAUCUUACAGGAAUACUUUGCCGCACGACUCUUUCAUCAGGAGGAAGGACAAAGUCUGCUAUCGUUGUCGGUCUCGGCGAUGAAGGAUCAGGCGAGUUUUGUCCUUCUUUAGUGCAAGUACUAGAUACUGAUAAUUCAGAUCCAAGUGCAUCGUCAAUUUUGAUCUAUGGUCAACUCCAAGAAAACGUUGACUCUAACACGCUCCGUCUUUGUGUGGCCAGACGAAAACCUCCUCCUGCCCCUGCAGUCGAGAGGAAGAUCCGACCCGGAGAGCCUCUCCCCCGAGCACCUCUGUUCUUUCCCUCAAAAGCUCCCCGCAAACCUCCCCCACCAUUCCCUCGACGUUCCGGUUCAGUCACUUUCUCCCCUGCUCCCUCCGUAUCCUCAAUAUACGCCCCACCUCCACCUCCACCCCCACUCCCUCCAGCUCCUAUCCCCGGUCGUACCCCAGGACGCAGAGGAGAAAAGCGUCCCAAACCCUUCGAUCCGGACGAAGACGACAGGAAACGAAAACAAGGUCGUAUCAUUCCCCAUCUUAUCCCUCUCAUAUCUUCAUCAUCUUCGUUGAAAUCUUCAGUGCCCCCGACAGUCAACGAAUCACUUCAGGUCCUCGAAGACGACAGCAAGGUCAAAGUCGAGGAAGAAGAUAUCUUUGGGAAACGUCCAGUAGUCAGACCAGGCGAGGAGGAACCAUCUUCUGCGGGCAAAAACAAAAGACGAGUUCCGCAACAAGUCCUGGAUAACAAAGCCGGGAUCAGAAAGCAGACAUUGGUCUUGCUUGAGUCUAGAGGUAUAUCCAGGGAUCAUGAAAAUUUCAAAGAAGUAUUUUCAAUGACUACUAAAGGGGUUUACUUCGUUUUCAGAGAUAAUCUAGAUGGACCAGCGUUACCUAAAGGGGUUGUACAAGAUAUCGUGAAGAGACAUCUCGAUAUGUAUCUUGCUCCGCCGGAUCUUCUCGACACUUUUCCAUUUCGCGAGGCCGAACAAAGUGACGGUAAUCCACCCAGUACGCCCUUGGUGAAAAUUGAGGAGGAAUUCGAGAAUAAGAAUCGGGUGAUCAAGAUAGAGAGAGAAGAGGUUCUCGCGUUUGACUGUGAGUCAAAGAGCGUGAAUAACAAAAAUGGACACGUGGACCAGAGACAUUUCCAGCUGGAGCCUGGUUCAAUGAAGUUCGAAGACGACGAGGACGGAUGUUACACCAAUCAGACCAUCUCGAAGGACGCAGCAAGUGGAGAGGUGAUUCCGAUAAAAAGAGAAGUGGAGGAAGUCGAAGGAGAGGAUCAUAUGCUAUCUGAAACGAGUUAG